CUCCUUUCUUCCCGCGGCUCCGGGUCUGCUGCCUGCUGUCACGAAGAGCCAGACUAGCUGCAGCCGGGCAGCAGCCGGGGAGGGACGGGAGGGGGCGGAGGAGCCGGGAGCAGCAGACGCAGCCUCCGCGCGCAGGAGACAGACUGAAGGGAGGAGGCGGCGGCGGCUGCGAGGGUCUUCAGCUGCUCUGCGAAAAGGCAGCCCUCCGCCCGGGGGCGGCUGAGAUGGAGGGGCUUUCGGAGGGAAGAAUAACUGAAAUUACUGGCUGAACAGGCUUCCUGAAUCUAUUGUGUGGCACUAGUGGAAUUGAAUUAACCUCCUAAGAAGUAAAAAGAGACUUCACAAUUAUCCAGAGCUUUUGUUGAUAGACACUGAGAGUAGAAACUGAGGGCUGGACAGUGAGACUACUUUCAAGAAGCAGGCCUGGUGUUCCUGAGAGGAGAGUUGAAAUCCUCUGUGACACAGCUGGAAAAGCCUGCACAAGUGAACGGUGAAGCUCAAAGUGAUCACCAGAAAAGGAGUGAAGAAUACCUCUGGCUGACUCUAAGCAAAAUGAGCACACAAACAAGCAAUAGAACCCUAUGAUGUCCUCCAAGCAGAGACUUAGACUAAAUGUUCGACUUCUUUUUAUUCAUGGAAUGGCUGCUAUCUUCUUCACAAAUACAAUGGCUAUAAUUCUUUGUCAGGACGGUUGAAGCACUUCACCUGCACUUGCCAUUUGAAUUUGAGACACAUCCUAUUUUCCCUAGGUCUUAAAGACCUGAGAACAGGUGGGAGCCCAGGGAUGUUAAAUGCUGGAUUGGGAUAAAAAAAUGGACACUCACAUGUGAAGAUGGAAGUAACUUGAUCCCUCCAACUGCAUAAACUGCCUCUGGAAAGGAAAGGUUAAGAUUGGAGUCACAAGCUUUAGUGGAGAGCAGUAUGCAGGAAGCUGGUUUUCAGGCCACAAAUGCUUUCACAGAGUGCAAAUUCACCUGCACCAGUGGCAAAUGCUUAUAUCGUGCCUCACUGCUCUGUAAUGAACAGAAUGAUUGUGGGGAUAAUAGCGAUGAAGAGAACUGCUUACUUGUAACUGAACAUCCACCUCCAAGCAUCUUCAGCUCGGAACUAGAGUUUAUUCAGAUUAUCAUCAUCAUAGUGGUGAUAACUGUUAUGAUAGUAGUGAUCAUCUGCUUGCUGAAUCAUUAUAAGGGGUACAGGUCCUUCAUCAGUUGUCAGAGCCAAAGCAGGAGGCAAGAGGACUCUUUACAGCCAGAGAGGUGUCUGUGGCCUUCUGACAGUUCAUCUUCUCGACAAGGACCUUCAGAGAUAAUGUAUGCCCCACGUUCCAGGGACAGAUUUACCGCUCCAUCUUUUCUGCAGCGAGAACAUUUCAGUCGCUUCCAGCCAACUUAUCCCUAUGUACAGCACGAGAUUGAUCUGCCUCCUACAAUCUCUCUUUCUGAUGGUGAAGAGCCACCACCAUACCAAGGGCCCUGCACUCUGCAGCUUCGGGAUCCAGAACAACAGAUGGAACUUAACAGAGAAUCCGUGAGGGCACCACCAAACAGAACUAUAUUUGACAGCGACUUGAUAGAUGUUUCAGUAUACAAUGCGGGCCCUUGCCCACCAAGCAGCAAUUCGGGAAUAAGUGCAACCAAUUAUAGCAGUAAUGGAAGGAUGGAAGGACCACCCCCAACCUACAGUGAGGUCAUGGGGCAUUAUCCGGGUUCCUCUUUUUUCCAUCACCAGCAAAGCAACACGCCUUCUUCAUCACAGAGGGGGAGCAGACUUCAGUUUCAGCAGAACAAUUCAGAGAGCACAAUAGUCCCUAUUGAAAACAAAGACAGGAAACCAGGAAACUUUGUCUAGUUUCUUUUUCCAUGUGCACUUGGUAAGAGACAGGAGAAUCAAACAGGAGCAUAAGGGAAGCUUCUAUGCCCCUGUGCACAAUGUUGUUAAAGUUUCAUGUGACACAAUUUAGUCAAAACCAAACGUACAAAGCUGUUCUUUAUUUCCGAUUCCUUUAAGGGGAAUUGCAUGAAAAUUGUUUUGACAUAAUUGCAACCUUCCAUUCAGUUUGGCCAUGAGCAGUGUUUUUUUAAAAAUAUAUUAUUUUUUUAAUAACAUAUUUGAAUUAUUUAAUUUUAAGAAGUAACUUAGGCACAAAAACAUGCCUCGAUUGGCCUGUUUUAUAGUAAGUUAAAGGCUGAAAGAGGAGAGUAAGAAAGAUAAAUGGGGGCAAAAUUGGCCAGUUGCUUUCUCCCCCUUCUCCCAGAAUAUAUGAUUUCUUUUUUUCCUGUUUCCACAUUUAUGUUGUGUGCAAUUUUUUUUAGGAAAAAACCCUAAAUGAAUACAAGGAAUUAAUUUGUGUUGUGAUACUAGUGUGUUAAAUUUGCACUAUCUUUCAUGUUUUAAAUAUCUAUGAGGGAACUUUUACCUAUAAGGUUCUUCUAUAAGGUGUCUUUUUACCUUUUCAUUAUUAACCCCCAUGACUUUGCCCAGGCCUCUGUUGAUGAUCCCCAUUUUGGGGCAUACAGAUUUAAAUAGGUUUCUUAUCACUCUACAUAACAGAGAAUAAAUGAUAGAAGACAUUUUAACAUGUUACUGUUUGCAAUAAUUUUGCAUUCAAAUAGGGUAUCAGCAAAUGUCUUAGAAAUUUUGUAGAUGGAAGAAAGCAAAUGUGAAAAUACAGAAGCACCUUCUUUUGGUGAUUUUUAGCUAUAAGCCAUUUGUUUCACUAGAACAGAUUAAAUGCCACAUUUACUUUUUUUUUGUAAUUACAGCUAUAGCUUAACUGCUUGUCACCCUUUUUUUUUUUACACAAUUCAGUGUCAGUAGUACUUAAAGCUUUUGCAAAUUUUUACCUUCAGUGUAGUCCAUAAUAUAUUCAGUCAUAUAGCCUUACUUACAUCAUACAAUAAAUGAUUUUAAAAGUACAACACGUAUUCUGCUGUUAAAUUAUAAUUACGUUGUUUAAUAUUACUUUUUUGUGUUUUACUUUCUAAAGAGAGUGAUCUGUUAUCAGUCAGCAUUUCUUAUCUGAUAAUGUGGGAAUAAUUGAUUGCAGAAUACUACCAGGAACUGCUUCAGAGUAUUAACAGGUUUUACAAUUGGUUAAUGUUGUUCUGAAUCAAACUGAUUUUAAAUCUAUUGUGCAAGCAAUCACAUAAUGUUUUAGAUCUUUUUUUCUUAAUUGAAAUUUCUUAUCCUCUUAAAUGCCACUUUAGGACUGCUCCAGUUUUUACACUUGGACUCUAAAGUAUUCCAGCAAUUUUGAUCUGUUUUGGAAUCCUCAGUUAUUGGCUUUUAUGCUGAUUAUGUGUUUUUAGUAAAUUGAAAGAGUUUUGAACAAAAUGAUUUUCUAUUCAAAAGCACAGCUAAAGCACAACAGGCACUUCAAAUAUGGUGAGCAAAUGAAUUUUAAAAGAAAACAAAAGAAAAUCUAUAGAGUUCUGAUAUUCUGGGCAAAAUUGCAAUUGCACACAAGUUUCCUUCAAAUUUCUCUUUUCUAUGGUUUUUAUAGGCAACAUUUUCCUAAUUGAAAUAGUCUAACAAGUACAGCAUUAUAAUAAUGUACUGUACUGAUAACCUUUGUUCUGUUUUCAGAAUUUUUUUUCUCUUUUCGGAGGACUUCGAAGUAAAUUAGAUUGAAAUCUAGAAUCUGAACUCAGUUUCUGAUCUAUGCAGAGUUUUUAAUGCCAAAAUAGCAUGUGUGGUGGAUGUGUGUUUUAAUUCCAUCUCUGUCUGGAAGCUUUCAUAAAUCUUAAAGUGGCUCCUGAACUCAAUGAUUAACUUGAAAAAAUCCUUAAACAACAAUUCUGUUGUAAGGAUAGAAUGCUAUGUUUGUAAUUGGGUAGAAUCUUGUUUAUGUCCUGAUUAUGUAGCCAUGAUUUAGAAGCUAUUUUUUCGAUCCUUGUAAUUUCUGCUGAUUCACAUAUCUGUCAUGUGAUAACUGUAAAAACUCUGUGAUAUUUAUGUGAAACAGCCAUUACAAGUUGGCAUCGUCAGGUUCUCAUAUUUGGUAAACAUUGUUUCUUUCAAUGGAUGUGAAUUUUUUUGAUAUUAUUUGGUGUUGCCCAUUUAAAAAUGAAAGACUGAAAUUCAGUGACUAUUUUUGAAACCCUGAUUUCCAAAUGAAAUUUCUCUGAACUAAAACUUAGAAUGACAUAGUCAUAUAUGACAUAUUUUAAAUUAUAACUUUGGUUAGCCAAGGCAGCAAAAGAGCAAAACUCAUAUUAAUACAGUUUAUAGUUAUAAAAAAUUCAUUGUAUGAAUGGAUAAUUAAGUCAACCCUACUUUUUGACUUUGGAAGUUGUCAGUCUUAACUGGAAACUCUUGAAUAUGUAGAUGGAAGUGGGUAUAAUGAUUAAAUGCUUGAAAUUGAAUUUUAUGUACUAUUUAUUCAAAAUGAUAUUUCAUAAAAGUCAUUUUAUUUGAUGUUAAACCCAAUAUUAAUUUAAGCACUGACAUAAUUUUUAGAUUACUAGAAAACUCGCUCAAACUGCUAAGCUCUAUUCCCCCCCCCCCCAAUGUUUUACUAUUUUGGUCCCAUUAUUGCUGAAAGCUCUAGAUAGUUCUUGUAUUAGGAUUCAAAAUUGGCUACAAUGUGUAGGAACUGAUGCUUAAUUUAGAAAUGAGCCUUUCCUUGUGCAAUGUAAUUCCUGGAACUUACUUUAAAUAAUGCCAUUUUUGGAACAGUGCCAUAAUAAUCUCAGUAGGUUGAUUGAUGUUUCUUUUGUUCCCUUUUUCCUUCCAACUCUUUUUGAACAGGCACCUCUGUAUUAUCUUCUCUUACUACUGUCAUAUUUAUAUUUUCUAGAAAUGUUGUUUAAAAGCUUUAAUUCAAAUACAUAUGAACGCAGUCUGUUAGGAGUUAGAAUAGCAAUUAAUGGGAGCUUAGAAAUAUGUUAAUUCUAGAGUGUUGCUCUUCAAAUGAUAUUUCAUAGGGCAACUAUUUUUAAUGAGAUAGUUAAUAAGUGGGAAGUAUUUGGGGCUUUUAAAGUUCCAAAUUAUUUGUCUUUUUUAAUGGUGAAAAUGCUGUCAGCUUAAACUGGAACUGAGUAUUUUGGGCUUUUGGGAUCCAGAUGAAAUGUUAUGGAAGGAUCAGUUGUAGUGAUAAGUCUUAUGAAAACAUUUUGUAAGGCGGAGUAUCAAAUGGCAACCUCCCUAUGUCAAUAUUUAUCUUACUAAAAGCUGACUAAAAGUUGUUACAGUAGGAAAGCCAUACUUUUCUUCAACCUGGCAGUCAAAAUAGAGUAGUAUUGUCCGUUUUAUGACCCUUUCAAAUUGAUUGUCUGUCUGUCUGUCUGAUAAUGGGUUGGCCUUGUCCAGGAGCUAGCAAUGCAUAACAUGCAAGCCACAUCUACAUGAUACAAUAUUGUAAUAAAGUUAAUUUCAUGUUUUGCAUUUUUUUCAAAAGGAGCAUUUAUAGACAAACCCAGCAGUUAUUCAAAAUGUAUGUAAUUAGUAAUUUUAUACCUAUAUAUGCAAGCAUAAUUAAUCCCAACUUUUGAAAAAUGCAGUCCAUAAAAUUUUAUUUUGAUACCUAAUUACAGCUCUCAACCACCUAAAUAUCAAAUGUUAUAAAUAAGUUGUGUAUGUGUGUAAUGUAACUCUUUUUUUGUUUUACUUAGGUCAUCUUUUAAUUAAGAUAGAGGGUCGUGCUAUUUAUUUCAGGUUAGAAUCCAGUUAGUUAUUCUUAUCAUU